CAGAGUAUUUGUUGUUUUGUCUGUUCGCUUGCUUAAUAGGUCCGGGUGGAACUGAGGCUCCCGGAUUUUGGAAGUUGGUUUCUCGUUUUCCCCUGCUGUCCUCCUUGUGGAUUAGUAUUACCUGUUGUUGCCGGUAUCCCCAGAGGUGCCCGCCUUCAAGACCGCCCCUCUGGGGGCGAGAGGGUAGGAGAAAAUAUAGAGCCCUGUGGAGCGCCGAAGCAUCGCAGCCAUCGCAGCGAGAGGCAGAAUAUGAUAGGCCAAAAUGACUCUUGUAAUGCAGAACAUAUACCCAUGUCUUACUUGAGCUGUCUGCUUUACAUAUUGGAAGGAUGGACUGGAGUGGAACAUCUGCAAGAUUAUCUGAGUUAUAUGGUCUACCUCUGGUGGCUGUUUGCACCACUUCUCAUAUCUCUUGUACUUCCUUUACUCAUCCUCCUCAUCCUUUAUUCUUCUAUUAUCAUACUUCAUAUUUACAAGAGACGGACUGAUCUAAAAGAGGCUUAUUGCAAUGACUUCUGGGAUGGUGCAAGACACAUGGUGGCAACACUAUGGACUGGGCAUGGAAGAAUAUGGAAUGGCUAUGAGGUGCAUGGCAUGGAAAAUAUACCUGAUGGACCAGCACUUAUAAUUUUUUACCAUGGAGCAACUCCUGUAGAUUUUUUCUACUUGUUGUCAAACAUCCUUAUUAAGAAGAAAAGAAUUAUACAUGUAGUAGCUGAUCAUUUUGUCUUUUCAAUGCCAGGUUUCAAGCUGUUACUUGAUGUGUUUGAUGUUUUGCACGGGUCACAAGAAGAAUGUAUAAAAGCACUGAAGAAUGGGAACUUGUUGGCCAUUGCACCAGGGGGAGUUAGAGAAGCAUUGUUCAGUGAUGAAAACUACACCCUUAUUUGGGGAAAACGUAAAGGAUUUGCCCAGGUGGCCAUUGAAGCAAAAGUGCCUAUCAUUCCUAUGUUCACGCAAAAUGUCCGGGAAGGAAUUCGAUCACUUGGUAGACUAAAAAUCUUUAGGAUUCUAUAUGAGUAUCUUCGUUUGCCAAUAGUCCCAUUGUAUGGGAACUUUCCUGUCAAGAUGCGGACAUAUAUUGGGAAUCCUAUUCCAUAUGAUCCAAAUAUAACUGCUGCAGAACUAGCAGAAAAAGCAAAGACUGCAGUCGAGUUUUUAAUAGACAAGCAUCAGAAAAUUCCAGGGAAUGUAUUUAGGGCCUUGAUGGAACGAUUUGAUAAAUCACAAAAAGAUGACUAGUAUAUUUGGGUUGUGAUAGUUGCAUAGAAUUUUAAAAUAAUGUUUCUGAAAUAUGAUAUUUAAGAAGAUUUUGUGGGGGGGUGUUAAAAAUUGGACAGUUCUACAGAAAUGUAUAUUAUUUUCAAAUGAUCAUUGUUAAAUCUCAAACUUGAGCAAAUUUAAUCUUUAGGUAUCAAUACAAUAUUUCUUUUAAGCCAGUUCUGCUUUGGAAAAAGCUGUAUAAAUGACUUUUUAAGCUUUCUGAAAAUGUAUGAAAUGUGUGGCCCAUUUUCAUUUUCCAACUUUCUCAAUUGGAAGGUAAAAUGUUUGGGUCUAGACUUUUAAUAGAACUGGAAUAUUCCAUUGCCAGUAUUAUUAGUAACAGAGAUUCUACAAUGCUGAUCAGGUCCAUAGUUACACCUGUAGACUCACAUUAGUCUGACAAAAUUAAUCUUAUUCAGUUAAGCAUGCUGUGAAAUGGGUGGAUUGAUAGAAAUGCCUGUUCCAGAUGGAAAUGUAGUAAGCUGUGGAGCAGUCAUUAUGUGUCCCAAAUUCUCAGCCAGACUAUGGGAAAUUUCCAGACUAUGGGAAAUUCUAUGGCAGAAUGGAAGUCACUAAAAAUCAUCUGUGCAAGGUAAUGGUUCCAUGCAGGGGUAAUAAUGUUUGAAACCUGUUCUUCACCCAGAUUAGAUUGACUCUGUUGUGGAGCGUGUCCAUGACAGCACCAACUACUAUCAGAAAUUUAUGGCACUAGGACCAUGCAAUAGGACCAUAUGAUGAAUUACUUGCAUGUUAUGACUGCAUGGAACUAGUAUCACACAAACUUUUUUUCUGUGGUCUCAUCUUGACUGCCAUAAAGUGGCCCUAAGGACAGAUUAAUGGGUCAGUUCAUAUUCCCAGAAUUUGUAUUCAUGCCUGUUUGUCAUAAAACUAAUAGUACUAAUUAAUGUGGUUUUUUAAACAUGUUUUUGGAAUAUGGUGGCUUAUUUAACAAGAAGAGAUCAAGUUUGCUCUAUAAAUAAUUCAAAAGUUGAUCCUUGAAUAACCACCUUCAGGGUAAUAUCAGUGGUCCUAUGUUGUGUAACAACAUGAGUUUACUCAAUUAUUGUGCAGACUAUUGAGUAAAUGUCUAAUUUUUAUAUUUUAAACAUUCCAAGGUCUAAUUUAUCAUGUAUAUUUGUACAUGUAUAGUAUUUAUAUAUUUAGCUUAUUUUCUUGCUGAAUUGGCUUUUAUCGUGUAGUUCUGAGUACUUUUAAAGAUAUUUGUGAAUAAAGUCACAAUUGAAGACGUUGAAGCAGAGGAUCUCUCAGUACAUUUGGACAUACAAUCUGAAGCAGACAAUCUUGGAUAUGAGUUAUUCCACAUAAUAUAGAGUAUGAGCUUUCAGGCAAGGAUUAUGCUGCUUUGACUUCAUUGGAAGGUUAGCUGUUUAAGCACUAUGUGAACAAAUAGUGCAAUUUUAGGUAGUGCGAAUUCAGCGUUCUAUUAAUUGUCAGAUUUCAAACAUCUAGAAAUAAGGCCCAUUCAAAAGACUUUUAAAAAUCCAGUAUAUAGCUUCAUAAUAACUUUUGUGUCAGGGAUGUUAACACUGACAUUCAGGUGAAUGAGAGAUGAGGCAGCAGAAAUGUCUAACAAAUCAGAUUUGUAGUAGAACUUUGCCACCUUCUCUCAUGUUCUUGGCAUUAAUUAAAUUAGCCACAAGAUCACAGGGCAAUCUCAAAUGAAAUCAUCCCUACUGAACUAGAUCUAUAAUAUUUGCUUAUGAGAAAAUCCAAUAAUUCUUGUUCUUGGUAGUACUUUGGCUGUCAAGUUUCUAAACAAAUGAUUUGCAGCAAGAUUUAAUAUUCUUUGAUAGUUCUGUAACCAGUGUAAACCUGGGUCAAGUCCACCAGGUGCUGAAUAAUGGCAUGUAAUAUCAGUCAGGCUUGUGUGGGACUCCUGGAUAUAAAGAGAUAGGGUCCUGUCCCCCCAACACACCAUAGUUCAGACCACACUUUAGUAUAUUCCAUCUAUAUCCCUGGUUACUCUUGGGUAUUUAAAAGUAGCUGUCAUAAGCAACUGUCAAAUGCUUAUUCCACUUUAACUUGAAUAUAUUCAAGAGCAAGCGUUUGACUUUUGCUUUCUUUCUUCUUCUGAAGCCUGAAAUGUCCCCUAGGUGCAAUCCUUGGGAAACAGAGACUGCACUCUUUCAGUACUUAACAAAUGGCUCAUAGGCCACUUUUGCACUUUUGUAGAAAUUUGAACCUUUGUUGCCACUCCAAAUUUAUUUAUUUAUUUUAAGUUAUAACCCUAGCUUCGUACAAGAAAGCACUUACAUAAGAGUUAUGUAAGUAAUGAAAGUAGUAGAAUACUACUUAUGAAAGUAGUAGAAUACUUUCUAACAGCCAAAAGAUUGCUGGCUUGAGCCAGUAAAUUGAAAUUUACAUGAAGGUAAACCUGAAAGAUGGAACCAGACUUACUGUUGUCAUUGCAUAUUUAUUCUAGGAUCUCCGCCUGCCCCCAAUUCAGGUAUUGAAAUAUUUAAAUAAAAUGCAGCAUGUGCUUUUAAGGUUAUUUAUCACUGUUCUUAAUUGCAUAAUUUUUCUUUAUCCAUUUUUCUGUAUAUUUGUAUGUAGUUAAAGCAAUUACAGAAUAAAGCUGAACUAGUAACUA